AUGUCAUCCCCCAAGGUUUCUGGUCCGCCUGGAUCAGCUUCCCCGGUUUCGAUAUCUCAGCUAUUACCAGCACAGCUUAACCAGCUUCGGGAGCAACUGGAAAAGGUUUUUUCUGCCUCUCAUUUUAGGAAAUUUGCCUCCUGCAGACAGAGCUUGGAUGAGCUUGGUUCGGAAGCACAGGGCGGGGAAAUCCUUGUCCCACUUUCCAGCUCUGUUUAUGUCCCUGGAAACCUUUCCGACAUCAGCAGGGCCACCGUAGAUAUUGGUGCCGGCUAUUAUGUCGAAAAGGUAUUUUUUGCUGUAUCCUCCCAGCUUUAG